AUGGCUGCGUACGUCGACGAUAUGCUCAUCAAGAGCCGGGAGGAGGAUAAGCAUGCGAAGGACUUGGCCGACUGCUUCAAGGUAAUGAUGAAAUACAACCUUCGGCUGAACCCCAAAAAGUGCGCGUUCGCCGUCCAAGGUGGCAAAUUCUUGGGCUACAUGGUCACCAAACGAGGCAUCGAGCCUAAUCCGGAAAAAGUACAGGCCAUCAUCGACAUGCAGCCUCCUACAACCGUCAGGGACCUACAACGGCUGACUGGCCGAUUGGCCGCCCUUAGCCGCUUCUUGAGCAAAGCGGUGGAUAAGACCGUACCUUUCUUCGAAGCCAUGAAGAAGAAGGAGGGAUUCGCUUGGACUGCCGAAUGCCAACAAUCGUUCGAGGAGUUGAAACAGUACCUCUCAACGCCCCCAGUGCUGUCUACCCCCCAGGUGGGCGAGCCUUUAUUCUUGUACCUCGCCGCCUCAGCCAAAGCAGUGAGUUCGGUGUUGGUCCGAGAGGAGGACCGAGUCCAGCACCCGGUUUAUUACGUAAGUCGCUCGCUGAAGGCCGCUGAGACGCGGUACACCGUUCUGGAAAAAAUUGUGUAUGCAUUGGUAGUCACCGUGCGCAAGCUGGCACCCUAUUUCCAAGCCCAUACCGUUCGAGUUUUGACAGACCAGCCGCUCGGAAGCGUGCUAAGAAACCCCUUGUCCUCCGGCCGACUUGUAAAGUGGGCCGUAGAGUUGACUCAGUAUGGGAUUGAGUACCAACCCCGGCCUUCCAUUAAGGGUCAAGCCUUGGCCGACUUCCUGGUUGAAUGCACGGCAAGUGAGGAAGAAAAAGAACACGCCUCGGAAAGCUGCCUAGCCGAGUGGUGGGAAAUGCACGCGGACGGAGCAUCGAGUCGACAGCACUGUGGAGGCGGUGUCAUGCUCAUCACUCCGGAAGGAUUCCGGCUAUAUUACGCUCUGAGAUACCGGUUCUCGACAUCAAAUAAUGAGGCCGAGUACGAAGCGGUAUUAAACGGCCUCCGACUCGCCAAGGCCCUGGGAGUCGAGCGGCUGCGAAUCAAGACUGACUCCAGACUGGUAGUCGGACAGAUCUCGGGUACGUGUGAAACUAAGAAUGCGAGGAUGGUACUAUACAAAGAGCGUGCGGUCAAGAUGUUAAAAGGGUUCGGGGCUUACGAGAUAGAGUACAUACCCCGCGCGGACAACAUGGAAGCCGACCUAUUGUCCAAAAUUGCCCUGGAAGGGGUACCGGACCACCUGAUAAAAAUUUGCCAGAAGGAGGAGCUAAAUCGGCCGAGUGUUGAAGAGGCACCACUGGAAGUCCAGCGAGUAGAUAUCGAGGAAUGGGAUCGAGGGAAAAAUCCCGAAAUGUUCUGGAUAGAGGACAUCCGGCGAUUCAUAGAAAAAGGCAAGUUACCGGAAGACCCGGGAGUCGCCGCGAGAGUUCGGCGGAAAGCCCCUUCCUUCCAGAUCAUCGGCGGACAGCUAUACAAACAGUCGUUCGGAGGACCCUUACUAAAGUGCCUGCUUAGACCCGAGGCCGAGAAAAUAAUGGACGAAGCUCAUAGAGGCAUUUGUGCCGCGCACCAAGGCGCCCACAUGCUCGCCCGGAAGUUAGUCGUCCAGGGGUAUUAUUGGCCGACCAUGAUGCGAGACUGCAUCGAAUGGAUGUCCAGGUGCGGCGUCUGUCAAGCAUUCGCCAGGAAAAACACCCGGCCGGCCACCUUUUAUACACCGGUCACCACUGCUAUCCCCUUCGCCAAGUGGGGAAUAGACUUGUUGGGGCCAUUGCCCGUCGCCCCGGGAGGUCUGAAGUUUUGUGUCGUGGCUAUCGACUAUUUCACCAAAUGGGUCGAGGCAGAACCAUUGGCUACCAUCACUGAGUACCAAUGUCGACGUUUUCUGUGGAAAAGGGUGAUAUGUCGCUUCGGCCUGCCCGAGCACAUCGUCAGCGACAACGGGCGACAGUUUGACUGCCAGGCCUUCGCUGAUUUCUGCCGCCGACACGGUAUCAAGCAUACCAAGGUCUCGGUGGUGUACCCACAAGCCAAUGGGCAGGUCGAGAAUGUGAAUCGAACGUUGGUCGAUGGGAUCCGGAAGAAGCUCGAAGACAUCCGGGGAAGUUCUAUCAGUAGAAAAGGAUAG